GACAUCACACUCAAUUUUCAUUGGUUCAAAUUUAAUAUUUAAACGCAGACAAUUCAUCCCUCCUUUCAUCUCCCUUGGCCUCCCUCUUUUAUUAAUAAAUCCAAGUCCAGCCAAGCCAGCAUAUGGUUCAGAAUAUUAAAUUGGGAGAUAUUUGGCAUUCUUGUAAUAAAAUAAGAGCAGCAAUUUUCCGGUUUCCUUUGAAUAUUUGGGAUGUUUUUAAGCCGGUUGAUCCAAAUGCCAGUGGCCUUGUGUCAGAAUCAACAUUUGUUGGAAUAUUAUCUGGUCAAUUAAAAUCAUUAAUUGGUUUGUCAGAUUCAGAAAUUCUUAACUUGUCUGAUUAUUUUCGUGUUCAAGAUGGAAGAAUUUUAUACUCACAAUUGUGUGAAGUAAUUCAUGGAAAUGAACCAAAAUUAGCUGAAAAACCAUUGAUAACUGGUCUUGAAUGGCAAGAUCCAGAUCAUGUUAAUCGACUGAGUAAAACAGAGUUGAGAAAACUUAAAUUAAUUAUAACACAAAUUGCAAUUAAUGUUAAUAAAAGAAAAAUUGCACUUAGACCUUAUUUUCAAGACUAUGAAUUGAUAACAAAAAAUUCUGGUAAUAUAACAAUAACACAUUUUGCAAGGAUAUUAAAUUUUCUUGGAAUCAUUGUGGCACCUGAAGAAUUUUCAUUGUUGAUUAAAAGAUAUGAAAGACAUGCUUAUACUAUUAAUUAUGUUGCAUUUAUCAAAGACAUUGAAGACACACAAAAUUUCAUGGAUGAAUAUGGAAUGCUUCAUGUUUCUGGGGACUUGUUGGAUCAAUUUCCAGGAAGAAUUAUAACUGCUGAACUGCCAAAGCUACCAAGACCAGAAGUUGGUAAAAUAUUAGUCAGUGAUGCAUUUAAAAAAGAUACUAUUUUUCAUCCAGCUUUGGAUAAUAAAAAUAGUCAUAUGACAAUUGUUGAAAUUAUUCAUCGAAUACAGAGACAUGUUUUGGAACGUCGUCUAUCUGUUAAGAAUUUUUUUACGCAUUUUGAUAUUUUAAAUACUGGCAAAGUAAGUAUUUGUCAAUUUCGUCGAGGUCUUGAUUCCAUGCAACUGUCAUCAAUUGGUAAACUCCAUUUAACAGAAGACGAAAUAAACCAACUGAUAAUUCUCUACAAGGAUCCAAAUGACAAUGAACGAGUUUACUGGAAGCUUUUUGAAGAUGACAUCAAUCAUGUAUUUACAACAGCUGAAUUAGAAAAAAUGCCAAAUUUACGUAUAGAUCCACCAGGUCCAGAAAUAAUAAAUUUACCCGAAAAAGGCCGGAGAAAUUGGAUUGAUGUAUCAAAUAAUACUCGAGAAUUAUGUGAACAAAUAAUUAUAAAAAUACGUCAUAGAAUUGAAGAAAGAAAAAUGAUAAUAAAACCAUUAUUCAAAGAUUAUGACAAAUUAAAUCAUGGACAUGUAUCAAGAAAUCAGUUGAGACAAAUUCUUGGUACUGCUGGUAUUUUAUUGGCAAGUGAAGAGUUAUUUGCACUUGAACAACGUUACAAUGAUGAUCGUGGUUUUAAUUAUGGCCUUUUUUUAAAUGACAUUGAAGCAUCACCAAUAACUGUACCAUAUUAUAAUGAAAUGCUUGAAGAAAAAAAGCUAAUAAAUUUUGAAAAACCAGCACCAGUACCAACUCAAGAUGAAAAAGAUAUUGUUUUAAUUUUAGCUAAAAUUAAAGCUAAAGUUAUUCAACAAAGAAUUAAGGUUACUGAAUUUCUUCGACCUUUUGAUACUCACAAUGAGAUGUCAAUAAAAAGAGAUGAAUUUGUUCGUGGUGUUGAUCAAUUACGUUGUGUUUUGAGUAAAGCUGAACUUGAAACAAUUAUGGACAUCUUCAAGGCUCCAUUUAGACCAGGAUAUGUUGAGUAUGAACGUUUUGCAAAUGCCAUUGAAGAAGCUGUUACAAUUGGUCAACUGGAAAAAUCACCACUUUUGGUGCCUUGUCAACAUAUAACACCAGGCACCACAACAACAAAAUCAUUUCUUAAUUAUCAAGAAAGACAAACUGUUGCACAAGUUAUGGAUAAACUUGUUAAAAUUUAUUCACCAAAUUAUAUUGAUUUAUUUAAGGAUUUCGAUAAAACAAAUUCAGGAACAGUUACUAGAGAACAAUUGAUGAAAGUAUUGUCAAUUAGAAAAUCAUUAAUGAUAAUGUCUUUAAAAGAAUUUGAUAUUAUUUAUAAAUGUUUUUGUAUUGAUAAAAAUGGAAGAAUCGAUUUUAAUUAUCGUGCAUUUUUAGAGGCACUCGAUUAUUUAAAAACAAAUAAUAAACGUUUACCAAAUUAACUAAUUUUAUUGCCUGAAAAAAUACAAUGUUAAAUUGGACCAAUAAUAAUGUAAAUAAUAAAGAAAAUAAUAAUUUUAUUUUUUAUUGAUUAAAAA